UAUGUCCGAGGCCGCUUGAACGAGCCGGAAAGAGCUGUCUCCAUGGAAACCUCGAGGCACAAACUUUUUUUUUCAGUCGAUGUCAGUAUUUCACAAAUAUGAAUGGAGAUAGCGACUACAGCAAAUACGAUUUGGUACGCCUGCAGGAAGAACUUGAGCAAGAGAGGGAAAUGAAAGAAAUGCUUGAGGAGUCGGUGUCUGAUCUGCGGAGCACCAUGUGUGAACUGCAAGAAAGACUGCACAGUGUUGAUGGGGAAGGAAAUGAGUGGAAGACAAGGUAUGAGACACAGACUGAGCUAAAUGGACAGUUGGACAGACAGAUGUCACUCAUUCAUGAGAGACUGGAGGACCUACGAGGAAACCCCAUGGAUCGAUUGGCCUCCAUCCGAAUUUAUGAUGACAUGCUGGUAGAAACAUUGAGACAGCGUCUGAAGCUCCUGACUCAAGAGAAGUCUGACCUCCAGAGUCAGCUGAUGGACUGUCGCAGCAGAAUUGAACAGGAAGGAAAGGCAUUUCAUAAAACCAAUGAUGAGAGGCGGGCAUACCUUUCAGAAAUUGCUAAGCUGUCCUCCACCCUUGAAGCCCAACGAAAACAGUACUCCGCCCAGCCACAGAGGGCACCCAAGAGCAAACAGAGGAGAGAGAGGCAGACCAGCAGGAAGGCAGAGGCUGAUUCUAAGAAAGAAAAAGAGAGAGACAAAGAUGGAGGAGGAGCGUGUUUGAAAGUAGGAGGUGGUGGUGGUGGACCAACAGCAGAGAGAAGAGAAGAAAAGAAAUCUCAAAGGGGGAGAUGGUUACCCAGCCUAAAGGACUACCUAAAACACAAUCCCUAACUCAAACCUGGUGUUAUAACCCUUUUUUUUUAAAGAGGGAACCCCUCUUCUGGGUAUGCUGGAAUGAUUGCAGUAGAAAAUUGCCAUACCCUUAUGUUUUCGGUGCAAGAAUGUACUUACAUGCUUCCUAUGGAUUUGUUUCCAUUUCUCAAAGGCUGAUUGUAAGGAAACAAUGCUGUUCCUAUGUAAUUUGAUCAGUUACACUUUACUUGAAGGUAUCUACAUAAGAUUGGCAUGACACUGUCAUG